UGGCUCUAGUCAGAGAACUAGUAUUGCAAAAGGCAGAAAGGAGAUGGUGAGCUACUUUUGGGAUUGCAAGACACUCGGGGUGGUGAUCAUGUUGUUGUUCAUUCAGUCUUCAAUGGCAGAAUCAGAUGAGCAUCCAUUAUUAUACGAGUCGUCAAGCAGAGAGGAGAUGAUCCAAAUGGCUGGAUACGGGGAGGAGAAGCUAUCAACCGUCCUGGUUACCGGUGCCGUCCUUUGCGAAGCUUGCCUGCAUGCUGAACCUCAACUUCGUGCAUGGCCCAUAUCAGGUGCUUUGGUGGCUGUUAAAUGCCAAACUCCUUGUAAGAGAAUAUCGGGUUCAGCACAAGCAGUCACCGAUGAAUAUGGCGAUUUUCUCAUCGAUCUUCCUUCCCACCUCCAUGGAAUUCCCAAUUUGCCAAAGAUAUGUGCAGUUAAAGUCCUUCGGAUACCAAAGAACUCCAUGUGCCGACCAGCAUUCGUCAAGAAACACAAGGGGCUAAGAUUUUCAUCAGUUGGGAAUGGCAUCCGCACUUACACAGCUGGGAGGAUAAGGUUCCAGCAUAUAACAUCUAAACCUUUGAAAGCAUGCAUCGGAAGGGCUAAGCAGUGACAAACAUAUAGCAUGAGUGAUACCUGGUUGAUACACUGUGAUAUGGCAAAUGGCUCAUUUAGAUGGCGCUUCAGUCACAGUACUGAGUUUCAAAGCUGCAGUCUCCUUCCUAUACAUGCUUGUAAUAUACAUAUUCUAAUGUAAAUACAUAACAAUAUUUUGUCUUA